GGGACAGACGCACUGUCCUGCAGCCUCCCAGUCCUCCAGACAGCGCUCAGCAGCGACAGAGCGCGGAGCGCUGUUGGCUUGGCAGUGGCAGCGCGCCGCCGCCGCAGGGCAGGAAAGGGGCCAUGCUCCUAGUCUGCCGGCGCCUCUUCGUCCUGGUGGUCCUGGGCGCCAGCGGGGCGGGCUGGGGCAGCCACCGGGCAGAGGCUGCGCGGGUAAGGCAGUUCUACGUGGCCGCUCAGGGCACCCUCUGGAGCUACCAUCCUGAGCCCACAGAUCCCAGUUUGAAUUCUAAACCUUCCUUCAAGAAAAUUGUCUACAGAGAAUAUGAACCAUAUUUUAAGAAAGAAAAGCCACGACCUAGCACCUCAGGACUUCUUGGACCUACUUUAUAUGCUGAAGUUGGAGACAUCAUGAAAGUUCACUUUAAAAAUAAAGCAGACAAGCCAUUAAGCAUCCAUCCUCAAGGAAUUAAAUACAGCAAAUUUUCAGAAGGGGCUUCUUACCCUGACCACACGUUCCCUGACGAGAGACUGGAUGAUGCAGUGCCUCCUGGAGGAGAGUACAUCUACCAGUGGGUCAUCGGCGAGGACAGCGGGCCCACGCCUGACGACCCGCCAUGCCUCACCCACAUCUAUUACUCCUAUGAAAACCUGACCCAGGAUUUCAACUCAGGCCUGAUUGGACCUCUGCUUAUCUGUAAGAAAGGCACCCUAACUGAGGAUGGGAUGCAGAAGAUGUUUGACAAGCAACACGUGCUAAUGUUCGCUGUGUUUGAUGAAAGCAAGAGCUGGAGCCAGACACCAUCCCUAAUGUACACGGUCAAUGGCUUUGUGAAUAGGACAAUGCCAGAUAUAAGAGUCUGUGCCCAUGACCAAGUCAGCUGGCAUCUGAUUGGCAUGAGCUCAGGGCCAGAGUUGUUCUCUAUUCACUUCAAUGGCCAAGUCCUAGAGCAGAACCAUCACAAGGUGUCCACCAUCAAUCUGGUCAGCGCGACAUCUACGACUGCAAACAUGACUGUGAGCCCAGAAGGAAGAUGGAUUAUUUCUUCUCUCAUCCCCAAGCACUAUCAAGCUGGGAUGCAGGUGUACAUUGACAUUCAAAACUGCCCGAAGAAAACCAGGAAACCCAAUACGCUCACCCGAGAGCAGAGGCGGCACAUGAAGAGGUGGGAAUACUUCAUCGCUGCCGAGGAAGUCAUUUGGAAUUACGCACCCGUGAUACCCGCGAACAUGGACAAAAAAUACAGGUCUCUGCACUUGGACAAUUUCUCCAACCAAAUUGGCAAACAGUAUAAGAAGGUUAUCUACAGGCAGUACGAAGAGGAGACCUUCACCGAACGCACGGAGAGUCCCGGUGUCAAACAGAGUGGGAUUCUGGGCCCCAUUAUUCGAGCCCAGGUCAGGGACACACUCAAGAUUGUGUUCAAAAAUAUGGCCAGCCGACCCUACAGCAUUUACCCUCACGGGGUGACCUUCUCUCCUUACGAAGAUGGAGUCAACUCUUCCUCCACCUCAGGCAGUCACACCAUGAUCAGACCAGUCCAACCAGGGGAAACCUACACUUACAAAUGGAACAUCCUGGAGUUUGACGAACCCACGGAUAAUGACGCCCAGUGCCUAACAAGGCCAUACUACAGUGAUGUGGACGUUACAAGAGACAUUGCCUCCGGCCUAAUAGGGCUGCUUCUAAUUUGUAAGAGCCGGUCCCUGGACCAGAGAGGCAUACAGAGGGCGGCCGACAUCGAACAGCAGGCAGUGUUUGCUGUAUUUGAUGAGAACAAGAGCUGGUACAUUGAGGACAACAUCAACAAGUUUUGUGAGAAUCCUGAUGAGGUGAAGCGCGAUGACCCCAAGUUCUAUGAGUCCAACAUCAUGAGCACUAUCAAUGGCUACGUGCCUGAGAGCAUAUCCACUCUAGGAUUCUGUUUUGAUGACACUGUCCAGUGGCACUUCUGCAGUGUGGGAACUCAAGACGAUAUUUUGACCAUCCACUUCACUGGACACUCAUUCAUCUACGGGAAGAGGCACGAGGACACCUUGACCCUGUUCCCCAUGCACGGUGAAUCCGUGACUGUCACAAUGGAUAACAUUGGAACUUGGAUGUUAGCCUCCAUGAAUUCCAAUCCAAGACACAAAAACCUAAGACUGAGAUUCAGGGAUGUUAAGUGUGUUCGGAAUGACGACUACGAAGACCCAUAUGACAUUUAUGCACCUCCUGCACCUACAUCCAUGACAACUAGGAAAAUUCACGACUCCUCUUCAGAAGAUGUGCCUGGCAUAGACGAUGAUCUUGAUUACCAGUAUGAUUUGGCUACAUUACUGGGAAUUAGGUCAUACAGAAACACAUCAUUGAAUCAGGAGGAAGAUGAGUUCAAUCUCACUGCUCUUGCUCUGGAGAACAGUUCCGAGUUCACAUCUCCAAGCAUAGACAGAGUUAUUGACUCAAAAUCUCCAAGAAACCUUAGUAGGAUCACCAAUAAUAACCUCAAAGAAUCUCAAAGAACCCUUCCUGGCUCAGGAUCUGGUACCCUCACUGGUUUAGAUGAGAACUCAGUUCUCAAGCCUUUCAUAGAACAUCAUUCCAGCUCAUAUUAUGAAAAUGAUACAGAAGAUCCACAGUCUGACAUCACAGUGAUACACCUACUUCCCUUUGGUGCAAAAGGAUCAGGGAGUCAAGAACAGGCUAAGCAUGAAAGACCCCACAUGAAGAAGCACAGGUUCUCCCAGAUGAACGCACCGGCCCAAAAAACCAGGAGGCGUUCAAACCCAAGGAAUAUUUAUCCCAGAAGAAGGCCUGGGGAAGACAUUCCUAGUGAUUUAUUGCUCUUAAACCAAAAGAGCGCAUCUAAAUUUUGGGGCAGAGAAUGGCAUGUUGCUUCUGAAAAGGGUAAUUAUGAGACAAUACCAGCAAAUGGUGAAGACACAGCUGUGGAUAAGCUGCCGAACAGCCCUCAAAAUCAGAAUACCUCAACACCUUGGGGAGAUAGCGCCUCCCACACAAACACAACAGGAAAGCUAAGUGGUCUCGCCACGUUUUCUGGUGCUGGACAUAAACCUCCACCAGUAAGGCAGGAGGGAGGACACAGUGGCUUAAAGAAAGGACAGGUAUUCAUCAGGACACGGAAGAAGAAGCAUCGGAAGCUUGCACCUCAUGGUCUUCUCUCUCCAAGGAGCUUUCACCCUCUGAGAGGACAUGGCUACCCCCCACUUUUGGAUAGAAGCUUUAAUCACUCACUGUUACUCCACAAGCCCAAUGAAACAGCUCUUGCCAGAGACCUGAAUCAGACUUCCCCUCCAAUGAGUAUUGACAGGUUCCUUCCUGGCCAUAAUCAGAAUCCCUCAAAUGACACUGAGCAGAUGAGCUCCCCUUUAGAUCCUCAUCAGUCAGUGCCCCCAGAGGAACACUCUCCAACACUUCCUGCCCAAGACAUUGCUCAAACACACUCUACCACAGACCCUAGCCACGAAUCCUCUCCUCCAGAGCCCAGCGAGAGCCCUGAUUAUGACCUAAGCCAUGAAUCCUACCCUGAUGAUAUUGCUCAAACAUCUUUCUUUCCAGACCAAAGUCAAAACUCAUCUCUCUCUUCAGACGAUGGCCAAACAAUACCUUACUCAGACUUAAGCCUUUUUGCCAUCUCUCCAGAAUUAAAUCAGACAAUUAUUUCCCCAGACCUGGUUCAGGUGCCCCUUUCUCCAGAUGACAACCAGGAGAGCUCCUCCACAGACCUGAGUCAGGUGCCCCUUUCCAUAGAUGACAACCAGGAGACCUCCUCCACAGACCUGGGUCAGGUGCCCCUUUCUCCAGAUGACAACCAGGAGACCUCCUCCACAGACCUGAGUCAGGUGCCCCUUUCCAUAGAUGACAACCAGGAGACCUCCUCCACAGACCUGGGUCAGGUGCCCCUUUCUCCAGAUGACAACCAGGAGACUUCCUCCACAGACCUGGGUCAGGUGCCCCUUUCUCCAGAUGACAACCAGGAGACCUCCUCCACAGGCCUGGGUCAGGUGCCCCUUUCCAUAGAUGACAACCAGGAGACCUCCUCCAGAGACCUGGGUCAGGUGCCCCUUUCUCUAGAUGACAACCAGGAGACCUCCUCCAGAGACCUGGGUCAGGUGCCCCUUUCCAUAGAUGACAACCAGGAGACCUCCACCACAGACCUGGGUCAGGUGCCCCUUUCCAUAGAUGACAACCAGGAGACCUCCUCCACAGACCUGGGUCAGGUGCCCCUUUCUCCAGAUGACAACCAGGAAACCUCCCCACAAGACCUUAGCCUCCUCAGCCUCUCUCCAGAAUUCGGUCAGACAUUCCUUUCCCCAGACUUGGAUCAAAUCCUCCUCUCUUCAAACAACAGCCAGGCCACCCUUGCCCCAGAGCUCGGCCUCUUGACCCUCUCUCCAGAUUUUGAUGAGAUAAUGCUAUCUCCAGAUCUCAGUCAGGUGACCCUCUCUCCAGACCUCAUCCAGACAAACCUUCCUCUUAAUCACAGUCACACAACAGCCUCCACAGAGCCCAGCCAAGCAUCCUACCCUUCAGAUUCUGGUCCGUCUUCACCUCUUCCAGAACUGAAUCAGACUCUUCCCCAUCCAGAUCUCCUGCCAUUUCCCAUGCUCAGUAACACCUCUGUGUCAAAGAAAGUUAACCCUCUUGUUGUAGUAGGUCUCAGUAGAGUUGAUGGAGACGACAUUGAGAUCAUUCCAACUCAGGAGCUACAAAGCAUUGACGACGAUGAUGAUUAUGCCGAGGACUAUUAUGUCACCUAUAAUGACCCCUACAGAACAGACACCAGGACAGAUGUCAACUCCUCCAGAAAUCCCGACACUAUUGCGGCAUGGUACCUCCGAGGCCAUGGUGGGAACAAAAAGUUCUAUUAUAUUGCGGCUGAAGAAGUAUCCUGGGAUUAUUCAAAGUUUGCACAAAGCGAAAUGGACAAUGAAGACACUGACCACACUCCAAAGGACACCACAUACAAGAAAGUUGUUUUCAGGAAAUACGUUGAUAGCACUUUCACCAGACGUGAUCCUCGUGCGGAAUACGAGGAGCACCUUGGCAUUCUUGGUCCUCUUAUCAGAGCUGAAGUGGAUGAUGUGAUCCAAGUUCGCUUCAAAAAUUUAGCAUCCAGACCGUAUUCUCUUCAUGCCCAUGGACUUUCCUAUGAAAAGUCCUCGGAAGGGAAAACUUACGAAGAUGACUCUCCCGAGUGGUUUCAGGAAGACAACGCUGUCCAGCCCAAUAGCAGUUAUACAUAUGUAUGGCAUGCCACCGACCGCUCGGGGCCGGAGGAACCUGGCUCUGCCUGCCGGGCGUGGGCCUACUACUCUGCUGUGAAUGUGGAGAGAGACAUCCACUCCGGCUUGAUCGGCCCCCUUCUGAUCUGCCGGAAGGGCACGCUUCACAGGGAGAGCAACCUGCCUAUGGACAUGAGAGAAUUUGUCUUGCUCUUUAUGGUCUUUGAUGAAAAGAAGAGCUGGUACUAUGAGAAGUCCAAGAGGUCAUGGCGAAUCGAACCUCCGGAAGAGAAAAAUUCCCACAAGUUUUACGCCAUUAAUGGGAUGAUCUACAACCUGCCUGGCCUGAGAAUGUACGAACAAGAGUGGGUGAGGCUCCACCUGCUGAACAUGGGCGGCUCCCAAGACAUUCACGUGGUCCACUUCCACGGCCAGAUCCUGCUGGAUAAUGGCACCAAACAGCAGCACCUAGGGGUCUGGCCCCUUCUGCCUGGCUCAUUUAAAACUCUUGAAAUGAAGGCAUCAAAGCCUGGCUGGUGGCUCUUGGACACAGAGGUUGGAGAGAACCAGAUAGCUGGCAUGCAAACGCCGUUUCUCAUCAUAGACAAAGAGUGUAAGAUGCCAAUGGGACUAAGCACGGGUAUCAUAUCUGAUUCACAGAUCAAGGCUUCGGAAUAUCUGAGUUACUGGGAGCCCAGAUUAGCACGAUUAAACAAUGGUGGUUCAUAUAAUGCUUGGAGUAUAGAAAAGGCUGCGUUAGAAUUUCCCUUGAAACCUUGGAUCCAGGUGGACAUGGAAAAGGAAGUUGUCAUCACCGGGAUACAAACCCAAGGUGCUAAACACUACCUAAAGUCGUGCUUCACCACGGAAUUCCAAGUGGCUUACAGCUCCGACCAAAACAACUGGCAGAUCUUCAGAGGAAACAGCACCAAGAAUGUGAUGUAUUUCGCUGGCAAUUCAGAUGCCUCUACGAUAAAAGAGAAUCGAUUUGACCCACCUAUUGUGGCUCGAUACAUCAGAAUACAUCCAACAAAUUCCUACAACAGACCCACCCUUCGGCUGGAGCUGCAGGGCUGUGAAGUGAACGGAUGCUCCAUGCCACUAGGCCUGGAAGACGGAAGGAUAGGAAACAAGCAAAUCACUGCAUCUUCCUUCAAAAAGUCAUGGUGGGGAGACUACUGGGAGCCCUCCCGUGCCCGCCUGAAUGCCCAGGGCCGUGUGAAUGCCUGGCAAGCCAAGGCAAACAAUAACAAGCAGUGGUUGCAAAUUGAUCUGCUCAAAGUCAAGAAGAUUACUGCCAUUGUAACACAGGGCUGCAAGUCCCUGAACUCGGAGAUGUAUGUGAAGAGCUACAGUAUCCAGUUCAGUGAUCAGGGCACGGAAUGGAAGCCUUACCGGCAGAAAUCCUCCAUGGUGGAUAAGAUUUUUGAAGGAAAUAGUAAUACCAAAGGACAUAUGAAGAAUUUUUUCAACCCACCCAUUAUUUCUAGAUUUAUUCGCAUUAUUCCUAAAACAUGGAACCAAAGUAUUGCACUUCGCUUGGAACUCUUUGGCUGUGACAUUUACUAGAAUUUAAUACCAAAAAAGAAAGAAAGAAAGAAAGAAAGAAAGAAAGAAAGAAAGAAAGAAAGAAGAAUUUAAGAAACUCCUUAAGGCCUAAACCAUUUAAAGCAGGCAAUAUGGAAUGGCUAUUUUAAAUUUUAACAAUUUUUUUUUACUAUUUUUCUAAUAGAGAAUAAAGUUUAUAUAAGAAGCUUUUCAAUGUUAAUUUAUCGCUGCUGUUAAGUAAGAUGGAGGCUAUUAUUUCUUCACAACUUUGAAUAUAGAUGGGAAAAUAUUAAGAAGCAGUGAGAAUAUGACUGUCAUGCUGAUUAAAGAUGUCAUGCUGAUUAAAGAUGUUAUAUAAAGUAAUAGUUAUAUAAUGGAAUAAUAUGAUUCAUUGUGGCUCUUUCAAAUCCUGUAGACAUUAAUAAAAGAAAUAUUACUUUUGGAAACUGUC